CGACUUCGUAUCAACUGCAAAAGUGUCUGGGUCUGGAAGAAUGCAUGUUUAUCAUGCUUGUCUGGCAUGACUCUUACAUCUGUCAUGCACGUCACUCGAGAGCUCCAUUUUUCUGUCAUGCAGAAACACAGUUUGUCAUGCAGAAUAGGCAACACCUAGAAGGAGCCCAGAAACUUGUCAAGCUGAGCUAGCACUUGUGGCCUCAUCAUGACACGCCACCCAGCAUCACAAGUUUCCAGACCCAGACAUAUUUGCAUUUGAUACUGCGGGCAGAUGUUCGCGUUUUACCAGACGGAGUCGGCGAUGGAUAUGGCCUUCUCAAACGUUACUUUCUCAACUGUUACAUGCAUUUGCCAUGCGAAAUGACCAUCAAUAUCUGCAUUAUCAAGCUGCUUCGCUUGACGACUCGUCGACGUGCUAGAUAGCCUUAGAAUCUUCUGCGCCAAAGAACCUGUAAUGCAAAAGGCGAAACCUGCCCCCUUUCACUUUUGUCAUUCUUGCAUUGCAAAUUCAUGCAACAGCUGGUGAGUGUAAAGUUUGAGAGCUCCAUACUGGAAAAGCGCGAAGAAUUCUACAACGCGGGCAAGGGCAAAAUGAUGGCCUUCGAAGACUGGCUGAAGAACGUGAAACCCUACCUCUACCCGGAUCUUGCGUAAGUAGAAGUGGUUCAUUUCACCAGGUUUUUACGCAGAAUCCUUUAUCACUGGACGGCACAACUUACACUUACUCGCGGUUUUUACAUAAAAACCUUUUUCUCGUACAAGCCGGAUGUUCGUCAUUGUGACAUCAAGCGAAAGUGAUGUGCAAAAGAUGACUUUUUAAUAGCUCUAUCAUCGAUCUAGAGUGGUUGCUGAAUUUGAUAGCACGUUAAUCCCCUACGUGGAACUUCUCAAAGCAUCGAAGUCGAUGCCGGGCACAACCAGUGUCAGUUUUUAAGAACGAAUUUUUCAAAUAGGAUCGACUUUACUUUUAGUACUUUUCGGUUGCUUAGCCUUAGCUUGCAUCAACGGAAUACCUUACAUAAAAGAUAAAAUAGCUCAGACGAAUCAAAUUCUAUGCAUCGAUAGAAAGCACAGAAUUUCUACCGUUUCACAUCAUUUUUGGUUUCCUGUUCCGUUUCCGUUGCCCAGUGCACGACCGACAUAAUCGUAGUACUAGACGACGUUUUUGCUUAUUGUAGCAGGUAGGAGCCUAGAGCGGGACUAGGAAUGGCACGGAGAAAAUGGAAGUGGAUAGCUGAUCUAGAACUGAAACUGAUCCGAUCGUUGAUGGUGUGCAGACAAUGUCAAUGAUUGAGUUGUACAACGAAAUGACCAAUUGUUUUGCUUAGCGCAUUUUUGUGAAGCAU